GUUUGACAUUUUCUGUUUUUAAAAAUUUCCAAAUCGAAAAGUGCAAAUUGCUCACUAGCUCAUGAUUUAUCAUUAUAUUCACUGAAAUACUGCAAUGGACGUAGGUGAACUCUUAUCUUUCAAGCCUAAGCAAAAUCCUAAAAGGGACAUUGCAGAUGAAGAAGGGGAAUCUGAAGUGGAACGGCCAGGAAAGAAACAAAAACAAUUUCUAACCAGCAAUGUAAAGCCCAGUCAAAGAUCAUCAGCCACAUAUGUUGCCCCUCCAGUUGUUGAAGCACCAGCAAAAGAGGAGUUGCUCAAAUUGUUGGAACAAGAUGAAAAUAAUGAAGGCCUUGAUGAAACCUCUCUUAAGCGAAUGAUUCUAAAUUUUGAUAAGCGUGUUUUGAAAAACCAGGAACUAAGAGUGAAGUUUCCAGAUUCCCCAGAAAAAUUUAUGGAGUCUGAACUGGAAUUGCAUGAAGCAAUACAGCUCAUGCAUGCACUUGCAACAGUUCCUGAACUCUACACUGUAGCUGUUGAACAAAAGUUUAUACCAACAUUGCUGGGCCUUUUAUCACAUGAUAAUACAGACAUUUCAGUUGCAGUGGUAAAUCUACUGCAAGAACUGACUGACAUUGAUACCCUCAAUGAAAGUCAAGAUGAAGCUGCUGUUCUAAUUGAUGCCCUAUUGGAUCAACAAGUUUGUGCCCUUCUUGUCCAUAAUCUUGAACGACUGAACGAAGCCCAGUCAGAAGAAGCCGACGGAGUUCAUAAUUCACUAGCCAUAGUGGAAAACCUGACAGAAAUCAGGCCAGAAGUAUGUCUUCAAGCAGCCCAACAGGGGCUAUUGAGCUGGAUCAUGAAAAGGCUAAAGGCAAAAUCACCGUUCGAUGCCAACAAACUAUACUGCAGUGAAAUCCUAUCCAUCUUACUGCAAGGAACCCCGGAAAACCGACAGCUUUUGGGUGAAAUUGACGGCAUCGAUAUUUUACUUCAACAACUGGCUAUUUUCAAGCGGCAAGAUCCUAAAACAGGCGAGGAACAAGAAAUGAUGGAAAACCUUUUUGAUUGUGUUUGUUCCAGCCUGAUUCACGUUCCCAACCGCGACAGAUUUCUCAAGGGAGAAGGGCUCCAACUUAUGAACCUCAUGUUGCGAGAGAAAAAAAUGUCUAGAAAUGGCGCACUCAAAGUUUUAAAUCACGCACUUAGUGGUGAAUCUGGUAGAGAUAAUUGCACUAAGUUUGUGGACAUUCUCGGCCUAAGGACUAUUUUCCCGCUUUUCAUGAAGACGCCUCAUAAGCUAAAGAGAAAAGGAAUGUCAGCCGAGGAGUAUGAAGAACACAUCAUCUCAAUCAUUGCAAGCAUGCUAAAGUCGUGCCGAGGGUCGCAACGCUCCAGAAUACUACUGAAGUUCACAGAAAACGACCACGAAAAAACUGACCGACUGAUGGAGCUUCACUUCAAGUACUUUGACAAGUUACGCGUGAUCGACGCUCAACUGCAGCGGAACGAAACCGACGAGGAGGACGAGGACGAAAUUUACCUCAAGCGGCUGGAAGGAGGACUGUUUACGCUUCAACUCGUCGACUACAUCAUGAUGGAAGCCUGCGCCUCGGGAGCCGCCUCCGUCAAGCAGCGCGUUUUACACACGCUCAAUUUGAGAGGAGGCACGGUCAAAACGAUUCGAGAAAUAAUGAGAGAGUACGCAGGAAAUCUUGGGGAUGGCAGUGAAAGCGAAGCGAAAGAAGAAGAAAAACAACACAUCCUUCAGCUCUUAGACAAGUUUUAAGAUUACCCAGCAGUUCUACCUAAAAUACAAAAUUUUCCACUA